UGGAGUCUCUGUGGACUAUGGUGUUUGGAGAUGAUAUUGUGAUCUAUGACUCUAAAUCGAUGACCGAGUGGAUCAACGGUGCCUCCCAUCGGACUUCAUCGUUCACAAUGGCAGACAAACAAAAUGCUCAGAAGAGUGUCAAGAUAGCAGCUGGAGCCGUGGUUUGUGUUGAAAGCGAAAUCCGAGGAGACGUUACCAUAGGCGGCAGGACCGUGGUCCACCCAAAAGCUCGCAUCAUUGCUGAGGCAGGACCCAUUGUCAUCGGAGAAGGCAACUUGAUUGAAGAGCAAGCUUUGAUCAUUAACAGUUACCCAGAAAAUAUUACACCUGAUUCUGAGGUGGAACCAAAAACCAUGACCAUCGGUAUCAACAACGUCUUUGAAGUUGGCUGCGUAUCACAAGCUUUAAAAAUUGGAGACAACAAUGUGAUUGAAUCUAAAGCGGAUGUUGGCAGGAAUGUAAUCCUCACCAGUGGCUGUAUAAUUGGAGCCUUCUGUCAGGUCAACACCUGUGAGGUCAUACCCGAGAACACAGUUAUCUACGGAUCUGGAUGUAUGAGGCGGGUGCAGACUGAGAGACCCCAGCCACAGACUCUUCAGCUCGACUUUCUGAUGAAGAUCUUGCCAAACUACCACCAUUUGAAGAAAACUGUUAAAGCAAGCCAUACUGCUAGCUAAAACUUUACUUUUUGAAAUUGAAAUGCAGAGAACAUCAAUGUUUAACUAGAUCCCGCUGGAAGAAAGCAUGAAUGUAUAUACUUAUGUACCUACCCUGUUUUUGCUCUUCAAUUCUGAUAUUUUCUACUCUGAUCUGCAACAGAAGAUUAAGCUUCUCAUCUUUCUCCUGCUAUGCCGAUGUACCUUUUGUUUUUUACGAUUAACUUAUAAGGUACACAAGUUGUACUGCAUUUGCUCAUUUCUUAUGAUGGCAGUUACCAGUAUUUUUAUCAUUAAGUUGUAGAAGGUAAUUUCUGCCAUUCUGAUAAAGAAUUUACACUAACAAUAAAUUAAACAUUUUAACUAUUUAGAUGGAUUCAAAUGUUGACUUUUUUAAACACAAUGUUGACACUUAAAAUGGCAACUUAUUGAUCUAAUCAAAGCAGUUUUGUGUAGCAAUGUAAUUUAUUUAAGUUGGUUCAAAAAUUCUAAUAUUUUUUAAACCACUGUUACGGUGUUGCAAAGUAAAACGCAUUUAAAUAUUUUAAGUUCCACAAAGCUGAAGACAUUUCCUGCUGGAUGAGUUUUCAGUGUGAUGCGAUACACUGCACAACACAAGGCUGUUUUUCGCAGUUAUUACAAAAGCAUAACCGUUGCUAACCAUUCAAAUAAAAACCUUCCACACACUAUACUAAAUAUAUACAAACACACAAACAA